GCCGGGCAGGUAGAGGAAAGCGCCGCUUUUGGCAGCCGCCCCUCGCCUUUUACAGCCACGGCGGCGGCGGCAGGGCGGGGCGCGGCUGCUUGACCCCCGGCAGGCAGGCAGAAGGUGCUGAGCAGAGGAAGAAGCAGCCGCUCCCCUCCGCUGGCCGCUUCCAGGUGGGGAUGCUCGGGGACAAGAUGCAGAAGCGCAUGGUCUCUUCCAUCUUCAUCAUCCUUGCGCCGCCCCAGAAGGGCUGCGGGGGUCCUGCGAAGGCCCCGCUGUUCCUUCCCACCGAGAAGCCGGUCCCUCAUCAAGAGGGGAGGGGGCCCAGCGGAGCUCCUGGUGCAGGUUCCGUUGCCCUUCCACCUCCUGUUGACCCUCCUCAGCCUGUGGAGGCUUCCCUGGGGUCUCUGCAGCCCGCUGCCCUCCGGGUGGAGACCCUGGGCCCCGAUCUACAGACGGGAGCUGUCGCCUUGCCUUCCUCCCUGCAGACUUCUGAAGUGGAAGAGACUCUCGGCUGGACAGAUGGACGGGCAGAGGAAGAGGAGGAGGCUGCUGCCCCAGGUAUCUGCGCUUUCUGCCACAAGGGCAUUCCGCCCGAUGCUCCUGCAUUGGAGGCCAUGAGGAAGCAGUACCACGUCAAAUGCUUCACCUGCCGUGCGUGUCACAGCAGCCUUGCCGGACAGAGCUAUUAUCAGAAAGAGGGCCGGCCGCUAUGCGUGGCCUGCUAUCAGAAAACCCUGGAGAAAUGCGAUGCCUGCCAUGCCGUCAUCCUCAGUGAGAUCGUAUGGGCCGCGGGAAAGGGCUACCACCCAGAAUGCUUCACCUGCGUGGCCUGCAGCCAACCGAUCGGCAGCGACGCCUUUGCCGUGGAUGAUGAUCAGCGGGCGCUUUGCCUUCCAGACUUCUACCGGAGGUUUGCUUCCGUCUGCGGGGUCUGUGAGGAGCCCAUCAUCCCGCAGGACGGGAGGGAUGCCUACCGGAUCGAGUGUCUGGGCAGAAGCUUCCACGAGGACUGCUAUCGGUGUGAGAAGUGUCAGGUCUUGCUGUCCCUGGAGCCCACUGAGGACGGGUGUUACCCUCUUGGCAGCCGCCUCCUUUGCCAAGCCUGCCACGUCUGGCAGACCCAGGGUUCUCUCGCAGAAGAGACGGAUGCCGAUCGCUCUCGCAAUUGUGGCCAGGAGGGUUAGCCCAGCACUCCAGCUGCCUCUUCUUUCCCUUGUUCUGCCUGUGAGCCUUUUUCCAAUUUUUUUUUCCUCUAGGGACUGAGAGCAGCACUCUUGUUGAACGAGAUGUGCCUCUCUCCCACCAGACCAAAGAUACCAUGUUCCUUACCCCCGCUUAUGUGUGCUGGCUAGGGGCAGUGCUCUGUGCUGCGGGAGGUGCUGCAGGAUCCUCGGUUGGGAUUCAGCCUCUUACCCAGGCAAAGGGAGGAUGGGCUCGGGGUGCUUAGUAGUCCAUUUUUGGGAGACGUAGAGCGAGCAAGCGGCCAUACGAGUUCAGGAGGGAAGCCUUGGCAGGCAUGUCCCUAGCUGGCCCUGCCAGCUUCUGUUCUGACCGAGGCUUCCCAAGAGCCUGAAGCAAACUCCUUGUCCCUACAAAAAUCCCUUUU